AUGUCCAGCAAAAAUGAUUAUGUAGCUGUUCCUUGCGAGGAACCGAAACAAGAAGCACCUGUUUAUUGUAAAGAACUUCCUGUAAAUGAUGCUAGCGCCUCCUCUUCGUACAAAUGUUGCAAAAGAAGAGCAUGGAAAAAAGCAAUUCUAGUUGUUCUAUUCUUGUUCUUAGGCGGUCGCUUCUUAUUUGCUGGUCUCUUCUACCUUCUGUUUAGCGGUUGUGAACAUAGGCUUAACAGCGACCUUAACGAUCGAUAUGGUUUGGUUGUCCCCAAGAUGCCAAAUGAACCAGCAUGCGACCCUACGUUCAAGUGGAAUGGGCCAAGUGAAUUGUUAGUUGAUCCUCGUGAUGUUACUGGAUUGAUCUUUAAUGUUAAAGGAAUGUCAGCGCAUGGAAGUAUUAUUAUUCGUCAAGACCCACAUGCCAAAGACUACAUAAAUAUUACCAAUAAUAUUUUCUUAUCUGAAGAAAGUCUUCAAACCGAUGUUGAUAUUAAAAUUGAUAUCAUUGAUGAAGAUUAUACCAUUACCGUUGAGGCUCCUUCAUUUGACGGUCCACGCCCCACAGAAAAAUGUGUCAUCGUAAAUACUAUAAUUACACUUCCCAAUCACCUUCAUUUCUUCCGAUCCUUGAUCGCUGAUGUUCCAAACAGUUGGGUUGUUGUCGAAGGAUUAGGAAACGUUGAUUUUGCUUAUGUUAGCUUGAAGACCAGAAAUGGUCAUAUUAAGGCACAGGAUCUUAAUGCCGCUAUUGCUGAAGUCGCCACUAUUAAUGGACAUGUUCAGGGUUCAUAUAUAGUUGCUGAGAGUUUGGAUAUCCGCACCGUAAAUGGAGCAAUUGAUGUUGAUAUCUUUGCAAACGCCUGGUCUGAAGAUAUCUCUCUUACCACCAAAUCAAUGAAUGGUCAUUUGAACAUAUCAGUGUACGACUUGAUUGAGACCCAAACUUUAAACCUUAAAGCUGGUUCCGUCAAUGGAGGUGCCGUUGCCAGCUUGCCUGAUUCGUACUCCGGCGAUUUCCAUGUCACCACCUUAAUUGGCUAUGCCUAUGUUGAAGGUAGCAAUAUUACAUACAUAAAAAAUUUGCGAAAUGCAAAGAUUGGUUACAAGAACAAGAAAGAUGAAGAUACUGAUGUCCACCGCAAGAAGCACAAUUCUCGUGACGAUUCUCAUGUGACAUUAGAGGCUGUCACUGGAUCUGUUGAAUUGUACUUCUUGUAA